GUAUGAAGUAAGCAAUCUUUUCUUUUCAUUUGAUAUUAACAGCAAAAGAACAACUUUAUCUCUAACUUAUUUGACUUCAUUAUUUGGCUUUCAAUUAACUAUAUGAAAACCAUACAGAAAUUAGCCUGCGACCUACAAGAUAGAGAUUUAAGUAAUUUAAUCAAAACAUCAUAUGAGAUGAUACUCAGAUUUUCUCUCCAAGGCAGGACUCCAACACCGCAGGUGGAAAACCAACAAAAGGAACAAAACAGAAAGGAGAAAAGGGAAGAUGAAAGACCGACUUCAAGAACUAAAGCAGAGAACAAAGGAAAUAGAACUCUCUAGAGAUGGUCAUGUGUCAACUACAGAAGCAGUGGAACAAGGGGUGUUUCUGCAGCAAGCUGUUAUAUAUGAAAGAGAGCUUGUAGCUGAGAGAUACCUUCAUGAGAUCCAAAAACUACAGGACAGUAUUAAUAAUUUGGCAGAUGAUGUUCAAAAAUUUGGGCAACAACAGAAAAGUCUGAUGGCUUCGAUGAGAAGGUUUAGUCUACUUAAGAGAGAAUCUAGCACUACAAAGGAGAUAAAAAUCCAAGCAGAACACAUUAACAGAGGUUUGGAUGAUUUAGUUAAAGAAGUUAAAAAGUCAGAGGCCGAAAAUGGCCCAUCAUCAGUGGUCACAAGAAUACUUAAAUCUCAGCAUGCUGCGAUGUUCCGCCAUUUUCAGCAAACCAUGUUUUUAUACAAUGACAUGAUAGCAUCAAAGCAAGAGAAGUGCAAGACAUUUAUUGUCCGUCAGCUUGAGGUUGCUGGAAAAGAGGUACCUGAAGAAGAACUAAAUGACAUGCUUCAUCAAGGAAAAUGGGAAGUUUUUAAUGAAAGCUUACUUACAGAAAUCAAUAUCACUAAAGCACAACUCUCAGAGAUUGAACAAAGACACAAGGAACUUAUUAAUUUGGAGAACCAAAUAAUGGAUUUAAGGGAUCUUUUUAUUCAGAUAUCUCUUUUAGUAGAGGAACAAGGAGAAAGCAUCAACAAUAUUGAAAUGACAGUGAAUAGUACAAAAGAAUACGUUAAAAGUACUAAAGAGAAAUUUGGACUAGCUGUCAAAUACAAAAAAAGAAAUCCUUGCAGGGUAUUGUGUUGCUGGUGCUGUCCCUGCUGUGCCUCAAAAUAAAAAAAGCUAUUUUAAAAAA